CUGGAUUCCUACGUACCCUGGAGACCGCCAGGGAGAAGGAAACGGCGAGUUUCCUCUGAGGCUUUGAAGUCAGACGGUCCAUCUCACCGGCUCCCUCGGUGAAACGCCGUCUCUGCUGCAAGAAUCGGCAAACAGUCGAAGGUGCAGUGAGCAGAACUAUCCAUAGACUUCUAGGUGUGGUCCUCAGCCAAUCCCACUUGCUCCUUUGCAGGACCUGCACAGAAUGGUGCUGAGAGUGAACCAUUUGGGGAAAUGGCCGCUGAAGACACACCUGCUUCAUUCAGAGAGAAGAGGCAGCCAAUGGCAGGUGAGAAUGGAGACCUUCUGAGUGCCUCUAUCCAACUGCAACCAAUGGAACGUUGGGCCAAAGAUUCAGAGAACUCAUUGGGUUCUAGCUACUCAGGCGGUUCCCACUCAUCUCCACGUGGGUUUUUUCCUUCAGCCUCCAGCAACAUACCUCAAGACCAAGAGAUGCCAGCUUUGAAACCUGUCAGGCGGUUCAUUCCGCCAUCUUGGAAGAACUUUUUCCGACCAUGGUGGAGACAGUCCCGGAUGGAGCCAUUUCUCUUGACCUCCUCCCCAAAAGGCGUCGAGCACUCACCACCGGCAUCUCCCGUUUUAGACCACCCUCGGAGAACCAUCUUCGGUUGCGACGGGAGCUCCGGCAGUGACAACAGUGAUAGCGGUGAAGAUUACAAGAAGCCCUUCUCAGCCUCCAUCACCCCUCUGAAGCCUGGCAAGAUGCUGACCGCCACCAGCCAAGGUGACUUCUCAACCACUCCGCCAAGCUACAAGGAGAAAUUGGAGGCCUAUGACCAUAAAUAUGCCUACAUGAAGUCGUGGCCGGGGCUCCUCCGGUUAAUGGGAGGCCUGGAGCUGAUCUUGGGCGGGAUGGUCUUCGCUUGCACAGCAGCUUAUAUCCAGAAGGACUAUCAGUGGUCUCAACUCUACGGAGGCAAUAUUCUGCCCUACAACGGCAUCACAGGAGGGGGAUAUGGCUACAACUACUACGGACCAAUGACGCCGUUCGUGCUGGUGGUGGCCAGCCUAGUGUGGCUAGUGACGGUGAUCUUGUUGGGCCUAGGCGUCACCAUGUACUACCGAACCAUCCUCCUUGAUUCCCACUGGUGGCCUCUGACGGAGUUUGCCCUCAACCUCAUCAUGUUCCUGCUGUACAUGGCCGCCGCCAUCGCCUACGUCAACGACGUCAACCGCGGCGGGCUGUGCUACUCUGUCUUUGCCGCCAACCCGCUCAUCGUGGCCUUGUGCCGGAUCGAAGGCGGGCAAGUGGCCGCCAUCGCCUUCCUCUUCAUCACGAUGCUGCUGUACCUGGUGGGCUCCCUUGUCUGUCUCAAGAUGUGGAGGCACGAAACUGCCAGGAAGCACAUGCAGGCCCUGCCAAAGCCGAUCGUCUUGCGGGUUGGGCCCCACCAAGCCUCUACCCAGGAUGACGCUCAUCCAGCCGGGAAAAUCACCAAGCGCGUCGAGUUCUCGGAGAAGGGAGAAGAGCCGGAGGUGCUAAACCUCUCCAUCCCGACGGGCCACCAUCCCAAGCCGCACAUCGUUCCUGAUUAUCUCAUAAAGUAUCCGGCCAUCGGAAGUCCGGAAGAGCGGGAAAAGUACAAAGCCGUCUUCAACGACCAAUACGCCGAGUACAAGGAGCUACAUAGCGAGGUCCGUGCCGCGCGGCGCAAAUUUCAACACCUGGAUACCAUGAUGUCCAAGUUGCCUCGUCGCUAUCACAAUGAAAAGGAACAGAGUCGGUUUUCUGCCGUGUGGAAAGAAUACAAAACCAAGAAGAAGGAGCCGGCUUACCUGGAGAAGCAGGAGCGCUGCGAUUACCUCAAGAGGAAGCUGGCCCACCUGAAGGCCCAGAUCCAAGCCUACGACCGGGAGUGUGGCGAGGGCUCCAUCUACUUCUGACCGGCGGAGUCUCCCAACCCAGCGUGCAGAACGGCUUUUGGACCCAACCCCGGCUUUGGGUUUCGGAAGAGAUUUCGAUGGCUCCUGGAUUUUGUGGGUCCAGGAAGAGGGUGGCGCGCCUUGGUCUUCUGCCAAAUGCCUGGAGCUUUUGUCUACACAAAGGGAGGGCCUUUGCCCAGCUGGACCAGAAAAGAGGACUAAUUCAGAGCACCGCGGGAGAAACAGGGGCGGGGGGGGGACCCUCCCCGCACGGAGGUCUACCAGAUGGAGCAGAUAUUGCUGCUGUGUGGCCGUGGCUUGCUGCGGUACUUGCACGGACUGUACAUUGGUAAAUUUAUUUAAAAACAGAAAUAAAAAGGGUUAGUAGCUAAAAAGAGAAGGAUUGGCCAGCCAGGGUGGGCUCCGUCGCCUGUGCUUCAAGGUCUCCACGGCCGUGUUCACCCCAACCUCCAGCCCCUGCGUCUCCUGAGGUCCCUGCCCAGGACUGCUCCACAGAAUUCCUGCCCACCCUGCUCCACUCACUAUCCCUCGCUGCCCUUUAUUCCUGGGACCCUGUUACAGGGCCCCAAAGAAUUCCUGCCCACCCUGCUCUGCCCACUCUUCCUCACUGCCCCUUAUUCCCGGGACCCUUCUUUCUGCGCCUUCCAUGAAAUCUUUGACUUGUCCUCUUAAUCGCCCUCCCCAAGUAGAACCAAACUUUACUCACAGGGCAGUGUAAUGUACUGCUCUUGUACCCUUCCUAUCCGUCCCCACGCCGCCUCUGUCACUUUUAUUUCCCCCACUGUAAGCUUCUUGAGGGCAGGGACCUGCCAAUUUUGCUCAUAACCCUAGAAAAAAACAGCUACGAACUCAAGGCGACUUACACGGUCCUCUUCCUCUCCUCCAUUUUGUCCCACAACAACCCUGUGAGGUAGGUGAGGCCGAGAGUCAGUGGUUGCUCCAAAGUCACCCAGGGAGCUUCAUGAGAUAAAUAGGGACUAGAAUGCUCUAACCACUACACUACACUGUCUCUCUCAGCUGGUGCUCAAAAGCGAUUUCACCAACGCCCACAAGCUAUGGCGCAUCUUUCACCAAGCCGAUUGCAUGUCCCAGCAUCCCCUUCCGGUCAGGGUGCUGGUUGACAAGAUGGGUGUUGUAGUCCCUGCCCAUCCACCAGCCAUUCCUGGGCCUUCUCCCGCCAGUUGCAAAGCCUGCAAGAGCCUGGUUGCCUGGGGGUGAGAGAAAAAAGUGGGGUUUCUUUUGCCCUCUGUUUUUACAAAGAGGAAAGAUCAUAGAAUCAUAGAAUAGCAGAGUUGGA